GUGCGCAGCCGCAGUCUGGCUGGAACUCGUGCCCGCCCUUAAUAAGCUCGAGCUGCCGCGUCCACCCUGCGCUAAGGCUCCUGCUUUUGCUACCCGGAGAAGGAAGGUGUACAGACUUUGCCGCCAGUCUCCUAGCUCUCCUUCUGAAGUCCGCCGCAGCGAACAUGGCCUCAGGAGUUCAGGUUGCGGAUGAAGUUUGUCGCAUUUUCUACGACAUGAAAGUUCGGAAAUGCUCCACACCAGAAGAAAUCAAGAAAAGAAAGAAGGCUGUCAUUUUUUGUCUCAGUGCAGACAAAAAGUGCAUAGUCGUUGAAGAAGGCAAAGAGAUCCUGGUGGGAGAUGUUGGUGUCACCAUAACUGACCCUUUCAAGCAUUUUGUCGGAAUGCUGCCUGAGAAAGAUUGUCGCUACGCUUUGUAUGAUGCCAGCUUUGAAACCAAGGAGUCCAGAAAAGAAGAGCUAAUGUUCUUCUUGUGGGCACCAGAACAAGCGCCUCUGAAAAGUAAAAUGAUCUAUGCAAGCUCGAAGGAUGCCAUCAAGAAGAAAUUUCCAGGUAUAAAGCACGAGUAUCAAGCAAAUGGGCCAGAAGACCUCAAUCGGACUAGCAUUGCUGAAAAGCUAGGUGGCUCCUUAAUUGUAGCUUUUGAGGGAUCCCCUGUGUAGAUCAUGAGUCAGUGCCAUGAAUCGAAAGCUUCCGUAUUUAACACUAUCCUUUCACUAUAUAAGUAAAGCAAAUAUGUUAGGCCAGGGGUCUCACUGAGGAAUUUGUCUUGUCAUCUUUUAGAUUAAACUGAAAAUUUUAUAGUGUCUGCAAACACUACCCUACAUAAAUCUAGCCUCUAAAGUUUCAUUGAUGUGGAAUUAAAUUCUUAUUGGCCAAAUGCCUAUUUUCAUGAGGUAACUUGUAAAGAUUUUGUUAAGCUCAGGAUUUUUAAUAACACAGUUCACAAAACAGUACAAGACAGUGUGACGAGAACUACUAAUCUUUGCUAACCUCAGCGUUUACUUUGUUUCUUUUGUUUAGAAAAGUGAUUGUAAUCUGUGUAUAAUUUUGACCCAAAUUCUCUAUUUUUCCUUGACUUAAACAAAAUAAUGAGAUAUAAUUUUCUUUAUAAUGUGUACAACACCUAAUAUACACCAACAGCAGUAAGACUAAGCCAGGCAGUCUUAAAAAUUCUAUCAGAUGUGUCAUGAGACUGUUUUAAACUUGUAUCUGCUUAAAAUUCACGCUGAUCUUGCACAGUACCAGAGCAUGGUGCUGGGAUGCAGGAAGUGCCCUAUACCUGCAGCAAGAGGCUCCCUGGGCUGGGAAGCGGCUUAGAGUGACUUACUGUCUUAGAAAUCAUGGUAUAACCUCAGGAGAAUGUUCAGUGUCUUGUAACAACUAAUUAUAUUGCAAAUUAUUAGGGCUUCUUUGUAAUCUACUUUAUUAAUGGAAAAUGACAGAGCAGUGUACUGAUAAGCCAAGGUGCUUUUGAUCUGUAAUUCCUUCUUCAAAACUGCUGCAUUUGGUACAGUAGACUGGGAAAGGGUGUUGAUUAUGUUUCCUCUGGGACCUGGUAGGAUGCAAAUCCCUAGAACAGUUUACCAGCUGUGACUGAAACGGAAGCGGGUACCAUGGAUGCCACAGGACUGCCCAGCAACACUUGGAAAUGAUUGUUAACAUCACAGGCAUGGCACUGUAGAGAUGCACAGUUAGUUGAACUUAGUAGCAAUGCUGGCUUUAUGUAAUAAAGGAAGCAUUUGUAAUUUA